AACAGGAAGAUCUAGCGAACCCUUCCCCAGAACAAUCAAGAAUCAAGACAUAAAAAGACAAAUGGCAGAGCACUCUGCCACUAACGAGACCAGCCCUGAGCCAGUAAGCUGCUUGCGCGUGUUCCCUCCGGACACAGACCCCUUUGACUACCCGCUCACAGAGGGGGAGAGCUCGAUUGGACGGGGGGAGGAUUGCGAUGUGACUCUCUCCACUGGGUCUCUCUCUCGGAAACAUGCAAUGAUCCUAGUAGAACAGGGCUCACAUUUUGUCAUGGACCUUGGAAGUAGGAACAAGACGUUCAGGAAAAUGGUGACCCUCAAGCCCAACAUCUACUAUGAGCUGACUGAUGGCAUAGAGCUGACCUUCGCCAAUCUAACUUGUCAUUAUCUCAUACCCGAACCAGAGACAGAGGGUGAUGAGGAGGAGACACAAGACUACGGAGCAGGGGAAGUAACAAAGGACGAAGCAGAUGAGGAGAGUGAAGGGAGCACAGUGUGUGACCCCAGUGAGGCUCGUGAAGGUGGUGGAGAGGGUGAGGGUGGGGAGGACGAUGAGCCGACUCAGGCGUAUGAUCUUGACAGUCCUCGUUCUGACGGUGAAGGAGCUCCAAUGGACAUUGAGCCUACAGUAGCCUAUGAUCUGCAAGACCUAGAAGAAGGUGACAAAGAGGAAGAGAAUGAUGACAGUGUGGCGUCCUCCCCACUCCUAGUCGGUGGGCCCAGACUAGUAGUCUCUGAGGAGAGUCCGUCAAAGAAGACCGUUUCCUUCAUCAAGGUGCCCGAUAAACCCGAUGAGGCCACACCCACUAGUGACAACGAAGCCACACAGGUGAACACUGAUUCCGAGACAGACAAUGAGAGCCCCAAGCCCGGGCCGACGCUAGAGAGAGGUAUCACUGAGCAAAUGGACACGGCCCCUCCGAUUGACCCCACUGUCUUAUAUGACCUCGAUACUGAUACGGAAGAAGAUGCCAUCCCAGAUGCUACAAGCUCUGACACAAUCCCCAACAAGGAUACUACUAGUUCUGAAAACGAAGUUACUAGUUCUGACAAAGGUACUACGAGCUCAAAUUCUGGUGUUGAAACUAGAGCUUCUGAUGUCGAAGAUACUGAACCUGUUGUGGAGCCUGCUGCUACUGAACCUACAAACGACUCUGACAGUACUGAUAUCGAGGAGGAUAGCCCUGUCAUAAGGAAACCCGUGGCUGCUAAGAAGAAAGGUGUAGCUCUCAGCUCUGACGAGGAUGAAGGGAGUGGGACUGAAGAGAACAAGGAGCCUCCAUUGAAGCCUCAACCAUCAACUGUUGGUGGUCUAAGCCUGAUGGACUUCUCUGAGCAAGGACCCCCCACAUUGGGUGCAGGAACGCUCAUCCUGCCGAGCUAUGAGGAGUCAUGUGACCCUGAGGAUGGUGAGGAUGGUGGGCAUGCCCCAACUCUGACAAAGGGGACCACCGUAGUGAUGGAAUCCUACCAGUCAACUUGUGUCCCCUCUGAGGGGGAGACCCCUGUGAUUAAUGAGGAUAGCACUGUGGGGGGUAAUAGUGGCGGCACUACCACAUCGGUUACUAAAGAUGAAGCUGUCAGUGAUGACGAGCAGCCGAUCCCCAAAGUAGAGGUGAGCAAACAACGAACCUUCGCUCUGUCGUCUUUGAGUGGGCGUGGCAAAAGGGGCAGGGCCAAGAAAGGUACACGAGGACGAAAACCCAUCAAACAAUCAGAGCCUCCUGAACUAGACACUGAAGCACUGCUAAACUUUGGAAGAGAAGACAGUGGCCCAAAAGUUGAAUGUAAAGAUCCACCCCCCUCUAUAAUAGCAGCCACCCUGUCUGUAGCCAUGGACGUUGACAGCACUCUACCAGCUACUCUCAAACUGGAUACAACCAUCACUGAAGAUAAUAUUGACCCACCUCCUAAAGGUCUAAAGGUCAAACGAGGGGGCUCUUCUAAGAGAGGGCGUGGCGGAAGAAGACAGACCUCGAGGAGUAAAACUAAAGCCUCUGUAGUGGAGUCAAAUGAUUUGCUUGAGGAAUCUCCUGAUCUCACAGUAGUAGCUACCACACCCGAAGACAAAGCUCUGGACGACCAAUCAAAUUCAAUUUCGGAGCAGUCGUCGAAAGAGUCUACCUCUUCUCAAAGUGGGCGUGGUAAAAGAGGACGUGGGAGAGCAAAGAAGGAAGCAACACGAACCCCCUCUGUUCGUCGCACCCCCACCUCCAGUCGUAAAGUCUCAGCCUCAGCCACUGAAACACCUCGUGUCAUGUUCACUGGUCUUAUUGACGAGGAUGGACAGAGGAGCGUACAAGAUUUGGGAGGGGAGAUGGUCGACUCUGUCUACCAGUGCACACACCUCAUCACGGAUAAAGUUCGACGCACCGUCAAGUUCUUGUGUUGUCUGUCUCGUGGCUGUCUCAUUGUGAACAGCAACUGGUUGUCUGAGAGUGCGUUGGCAGGGCAAUUCUUACCAGCUGAACCGUUCAUCAUCAAGGACAGAAGCUCUGAGAGACAGUUCAACUUCUCUCUUGUCAAGUCCCACCAUAGUGCCAAGCUGUGCAAGGUGCUAGAGGGCUACACAGUUUAUCUCACGGCAAAUAUUAAGCCACAGAGAGAACAAAUGGCCGAUAUCAUCAAGUGCUCAGGAGGAGAGCCACUUGAUUACACCCCCUCUGUUACCCCGGGCGACAAAGUCAUUGUAAUAACGUGUAAAGAGGAUCUGGGUCUAACCUCAGAUGCUUGUGUGGCAGGUGUGCCAUUGUGCUCCACCGAGCUGGUGCUGGGUGGAGUGUUGAGACAGGAGGUGGACAUUGACUCACACACGAUGGAAACAAGUGCUGUUGUUGUAACAACUAAGGGCAGAAAACGAGUAGCAAAAGAGCAAUCUACAACCACAGUCCCUGCUAAGAGACGUCGUAAAUAGACUGUUAUAUUUUUGAACCUUAAUUAACCUGUACCCACCCACAUAGCUGUUGUUUAUCUUAUUUGUACACUGUACAUAUCACGACAUUGUUGUUUUCUUUCAUUAUGUACACUGCAAAGUA